CUUUUCCUCUGACUGAUAAAAACACGGAUUCACUGCGUGAUGGUGAAAGUGAGUGAGUGUGAUAUAUAGGGUCAGCAUGGGGUGAGAUAUAGUGAAGCUGGUGGAGAUUAGCCUGAGCGUUACGCAGUGUUGGGAAUCUACAGGGAGAUUGAAGAGCUCCAGUAUGGAGAGGUCGUCGGCGGCGGCGAUGAUCACGACCCGCUGUCAGCACCAGGGCUGGAUGGGAGUGAGCGAUAUGAGAGGCUCGUCCAUCCACUGGAUGUCCUGUGGUCAGCUGAUCACUGAGCCGAUUGGAUGGAGGGUGAAGUUCUGCCUGCUGACGGAGUGUGAGCUGGUCCUGCUCGACAAAACUCACAUCAGUCCUCUGCUGCUGCGGGAGAGGAGGGCCGAGUCCUGCACCGUGUGGCUCCUGAGGGACAGCAGCAGCCUGCCCCGGAGACAGCAGCUCCACAAGGACCAGAGCACCCAGACCCCCCAGAGCAACCAGAGCAACCAGACCACCCCCAGCCAGUCGCCCACAGAGCGUGUGGGGCGCAGACAGAGCAUGCCCGGCAGCACCACCGAUAAACCCCUACCCACCAUAGACUCUGCAGCCUCCACGCCCUUCAAAGUCACGGGCUUCCUGAGCCGGAGGCUGAAGGGCUCCAUCAAACGUACCAAGAGUCAGCCCAAGCUCGACCGCAACAGCAGCUUCCGGAACAUCCUGCCGGCCUUCAAGAGCGCCGACAAUGACAGAUCCCAUCUGAUGCAGAGGCUGAAGGAGUCGCGGUCUCACGAGUCAUUGCUCAGCCCCAGCAGUGCAGUGGAAGCUUUAGAUCUCAGCAUGGAGGAGGAGGUGCUCAUCAAACCUGUGCACAGCAGCAUUCUGGGACAGGACUUCUGCUUCGAGGUAACGACGUCGACGGGAAGCAAAUGCUUCUCCUGCCGCUCUGCAGCCGAGAGGGAGAAAUGGAUGGAGAACCUGAGGCGAGCCGUGCAUCCCAACAAGGAUAACAGUCGGCGAGUGGAGAACAUGCUGAAAUGUUGGAUUAUCGAGGCGAAGGACCUGCCGGCGAAGAAGAAGUACUUCUGUGAACUGUGUCUGGACGACACGCUUUACGCACGGACUACCUGCAAACUCAAAACGGACAACGUUUUCUGGGGCGAACACUUUGAGUUCAACAACCUGCCGUCAGCCAAGAGCAUCACCGUGCACCUGUACAAGGAGACGGACAAGAAGAAGAAGAAGGACAAGAACAACUACGUGGGCCUGGUGAACGUUCCCAUCAUGGCCGUGAGCGGGCGGCAGUUCGUGGAGAAGUGGUACACGGUCAGCACCCCCAACCCCAACAAGGGCAAGGCCCCGGGGCCCAUGCUGCGCAUGAAGUGCCGCUACCAGAGCAUGAGCAUCCUCCCUAUGGAGCUGUACAAGGAGUUCGCAGAGUACAUCACUAAUAACUACAUGCUGCUGUGCUCCGUGCUGGAGCCGGCGCUCAGCGUCAAGAGCAAGGAGGAGAUGGCCAGCGCUCUCGUCCACAUCCUCCAGAGCACCGGGAAAGCCAAGGAUUUCCUGACAGAUCUGAUGAUGUCUGAGGUGGAUCGGUGCGGAGACAACGAGCAUCUCAUCUUCAGAGAGAACACUCUCGCCACCAAAGCUAUAGAGGAGUACCUGAAACUGGUGGGACAGAAGUACCUGCAGGACGCGCUGGGCGAGUUUAUUAAAGCUCUGUACGAGUCAGACGAAAACUGUGAAGUGGAUCCAUCAAAGUGCUCCUCUAGUGAUCUGCUGGAGCACCAGGGAAAUCUGAAGAUGUGCUGUGAGCUCGCCUUCUGCAAGAUCAUCAACUCCUACUGCGUGUUCCCGCGUGAGCUGAAGGAGGUGUUCGCGUCGUGGCGGCAGGAGUGUGGUAACCGAGGACGUCCGGACAUCAGCGAGCGUCUGAUCAGCGCCUCCCUCUUCCUGCGCUUCCUGUGUCCCUCCAUCAUGUCCCCCUCGCUCUUCGACCUCAUGCAGGAAUACCCUGACGACCGCACCGCCCGCACGCUCACGCUCAUCGCCAAGGUCACGCAGAACCUCGCCAACUUCACCAAGUUCGGCAGUAAGGAGGAGUACAUGUCCUUCAUGAAUCAGUUCCUGGAGCACGAGUGGACCAACAUGCAGCGCUUCCUGCUGGAGAUCUCCAACCCAGAGACCAUCUCCAACACGGCCGGGUUCGAGGGAUACAUCGACCUCGGCCGAGAACUCUCCACCCUCCACUCCUUACUGUCAGAGGCCAUCACCCAGCUCGACCAGAGCACAGCGGCUAAGCUGGGGCCGCUGGUGCGGAUCCUGAGGGACGUGAACGUGGCCCUGACGAACCCCGCCGGGGCCCCGGUGGCGUCCCCCACGGAGCGGGUGGGAUCACCCAGCCUGCCCGGCUGCAGCGUCUCAACCGGCCUGCAGAAACUCGUCAUGGACACCGAGCUCACCGGGUUGGUGGAUUUCACCAGGCUGCCGUCUCCGACCCCCGAAAACAAGGACCUGUUCUUCGUCACCAGGAAUUCUGUCAUCCAGCCCUCUCCCGCCCGGAGCUCCAGCUACUCCGAGGCCAACGAGCCGGAUGUUCAGCUCCCCAACGGCAGCAAGAGUCUGUCCAUGGUGGACCUGCAGGACAGCCGGAGCCUGGAGGGCCCCUGCACCUCCUCCAGCGACCCCUCCAAUGACGGGCAGGGUAACGGGGCCUGGAGCGCGCGCACCCUUAAAGGCAACAUGGUGACGGGACCCACUCUGAGGAAAACGGCCCAGACCCCCACCACCCCAAGCACAGAGACCGCCCCCGGACGACCCCAGCUGCUGGCGCCGCUCUCCUUCCAGAACCCGGUGUAUCAGAUGGCGGCCGGUCUGCCCGUGUCGCCCCGCGGGGGCGGAGCCGCCGAUUCGGGCUCAGAGUGCCACAGCUCCAUCAGCUCCCAGGGCAACGCGGAGGACCCGGCGCCGCCGGUCACCAAACCCACGUUCAUCACCCAGGCCAGCACGGUGGCGCCACCCGGAGGAGCAGGAGGAGGCGGCAGCGACGAGUUCGUAAGACGCUCGGGGGAGUUCACGCGGAGGCAGCUGUCCCUUACCGAGAACCAGCACCAGUCCAACGUCCCCAGGCAGAACAGCGCCGGCCCCCAGAGAAGGAUAGACCAGCCUCCCCCACCCACAGUCACCAGAGGCCGCACCCCUCCCAGCAUGCUCAACACCGCCCCCUACCCACGGCCCUCCAGCGGCAGCAUGAUGUCGUCCUCGCCUGACUGGCCCAGCAGCAGCGCCCGGCUCAGACAGCAGUCCUCCUCCUCGAAAGGGGACAGCCCGGAGACAAAGCAGCGCACCCUACACAAACAGGCCCCGUCUCCAGUGAAUCCCGGUGCUCUGGACCGCACUGCUGCCUGGUUGCUAAAUAUGAAUGUGCAGUAUCUGGAGCAGGAAGGAAUUGACCCAGAUUCCAGACACAGGGAGGACCUCCCAAACAAGGACGAGCUCUCUCAGACCGAAAAGUAUCAGCAGGAGAUCUCCAUGCUGCAGGAGCGUCUGCGUCUGUCUGCGAAGAAGCUGGAGGAGUACGAGGUGCGUCUGCAGGGUCAGGACGACCAGACGCAGAAGAUGCUGCUGGAGUACCAGGCCCGGCUGGAGGACACGGAGGAGCGUCUGCGCCGGCAGCAGGAGGACAAAGAGAUGCAGAUGAAGAGCAUCAUCACCAGGUUAAUGUCAGUUGAGGAGGAGCUGAAGAAGGAUCACGCGGACAUGCAGGCCAUCGUCGACUCCAAACAGAAGAUCAUCGAAGCCCAGGAGAAGCGUAUAGCGUCUCUGGACGCGGCUAACGCUCGUCUGAUGAGCGCUCUCUCUCAGCUGAAGGAGCGCUACAGCAUGCAGACCCGUAACGGCAUCUCGCCCACCAACCCCAGCAAGCUGCAGAUCACGGAGAACGGCGAGUUCCGCAACAGCAGCAACUGCUAGCGAGGCCGGAUCACCCCGGCAGGGACAAGGGCUAUGGGUAAAACCAACCAACGGAAAACAAUCACUCACUCUGGACUUUAACUACUAAAACGAAAGGAACAAAAAAAAAAAAAAAAGUCAAUACUUGUUAUCGAAGCUGUUAGCAAGAGUCAUUCUUAUUCUUCAGUGUGAAAUGAUGUAAAAUGUAAAAUCUGAUGUAAAUGGCUAUUAUACAGUAGAUUUCAUAAUCGCGCUUUGACUGAUACCUUCGGCUGUUGGUAGAAACAAGAAACACAACGGCGGAUAAAAAUCCAGUCGAAAAUUAUGAAGCCCAUGAAGUUUUAGCUGUCGUGUCGGCGAUGAUGUCAUCGCGUUUUUACGUAGACAUGGCGUUGGCGUCUCUCGUGUGGUUUGUUGAGUUUCUAAAUGUCUGUUUUUAGAUUUUACAAGCAGAGCGACGAAUUCCAGCGAAGUUUAGCGAAGUUUAGCGAAGUUUAGGAGUCUAAUCGGAUUGGAUGGACCCUCCUGAUGUGCGCAUUCAUUAUUUAUUCAUCAUAGCCCCGCCCCCAAUAAAUCCACCAACCCAACAAAUCACUGAACACUUUUUUAGAUAAUGAUACAAAUGUGCAAAUUUUCUUUUCUUUUAUUUAUUUAUUUUUUUUUUUUGCAUAAAAUCAUGAAAGAAUCAUGAAAUCCUAAAAGGCGAGCCGUUUCUUUUUUUUUUUUUUUGAUACAUUUGUACAUUUUUCCUGCAAACCUUUUAUUUCCCGCCUAAAAUCUUGUUUUAUCUUUAUCUUUAUUAUCGUUUUAUUUUUAAUUGAUUUUUUUUAUGCAUGUCUCAAACCAGAGCUUAGCAGUAGCACAAAACCUGUGAGGAGAGGCAAGAGCUCAAAUCCACUCGAAACCUUUGCAUCGGUUGCAUCGUUUGCAUACUUUUGUAUGUGCGUACGUUUUUUAGUCUAUAUAGAGGUGUUUGGCCUCGUCGAAGUACAUAUAUAUAAAUAUAUAUAAAUAUAAAAAACAUCUGUCCUUUUCUCUCUUUUUCAUUUUUUUAUUUUUAACUUUUUACUUUUAAAAAGUUGUCUCUAGAGAGAUAGAGAUAGAGAGAUGGAGAGGUAAAACUGAAGUGAAAACUUGUUUUAUUUUUUUUUUUUGCUUCUCUUUUUGUACAGUGUAUAUUAUUAAUACUAUUUGCCGUGUUCAGUUAUAUAAUAACGCAGUGCUGUAUUAAUAUUAGAAGUCUAAACUGUUGAGCUGUAAAAAUUCAGGUGCUGCUUUUAGGCACGACAGCGCUCACUGCACACCCCCCAACUCUCGAACCCUCCGUGAUCCGAGUCUCUGUGGCGUGGGUAGAUGAUGAUAAACGCUUAAUGAUGCUGCUUGUUGUUCUCGUGUGGGGCAGAAAAACAAACAAACAAAAAAGAAAAGAAUAGAAAAGAAAGAAAAAAAAAUAACACUAAAACUCAUCUGCGUCCGGCUCUAUGCACUUUCUAGCAGUAGAAUGCACUCCUUAACCAAAACCUGCAUAUAUAUAUAUAUAUACACUUUCUAUGAAUGUUACCUCUAUUAGACUCUAUAAACACAUUCAUAACAUGUUAUAAUGCAUUCAUAAGGCAUAUAGCCAUGUUUAUUAAGCAUUAUAACUUGUAAUCCUAAUACAUUAUAAGCUAUGUGUAUAAUAUAUAUGUUAAAAUAGUAUAUAGCUAUCAUUAAUAAUCUAGUCCCACAAUGAAAGUCUGGCACUUUACUUUACUAGAGCGCACAAACACCUGUUAUAAUACAUUAUAAUUGACAAUAACUAAUAUUAUAUUCACGACAAGAAUACUUUAUGAGUGGUUAAAAAUAUAUUUAUAGGAUUAUUGAGGGUGUGUUUAUAAGUUGGAAGCUUUUUUAGUCAUGAUACACGUCUGUAAGCUGCGACUGAGGUUCUUGGUAUUGAUGUAUAACAUGUUAUAAACACAGCUAUUAAUGAUUUAUAAUCACAGUUCAUGAUGCAUAAUAAACAUGGCUAUGAUUAAUUAUACAUUUUUAUAAAUAUGUAUAGCCAUGUUUAUAAUUCCUUAUGAAUGGAUUAUAAUGUGUUAUGAGUAUGUUUAUAGAGUCUUAUAGAGAUGACAUUCAUAGAAAGUGUUACCAUAUAUAUAUAUGGACUCAUAAUUAAAAAAAAGGCAAUCCUCACGCGCACAGACGUAUUAAUAAACCUACACACAGAGCACACGUCACGCGUGAGCGUCAGGGGGCUGAAGGUACAGGUACAGGUUGCAUUCUUCACUUUUAUUUUUAAUUUUUCCUCCACUAGAACCUGUUCUCAGGGCAGCCGCAGCAAAACACUAUAUAGCGGCAUGCUCCGCCCACAUGUGCGCACAUCAGAACAAGCGUUGUGACUUUGGACAAGCUUUUAAUCAUGAACUAUAUUAGUGCACAACCUACAGACCUACUAACAUUUCUCCCAAAUUCCAAAUUAAAAAUAUCAUCAUUUAGAGCAAUUACUUGCAGGAAAUUCAAGAUGUAGAGCUUUUGGGCCUCAAAUAAGGCAAAGAAAACAAGUUUUAAAAGUUCAGAAAUAAUCAAUAUUUGGAAUAAUCCUGGUUUUUAAUCACAGUUUUUAAUUCAUGCAUCUUGGCAUCAUGUCCUCCUCCACCAGUCUUACACACUGCUUUUGGAUAACUUUAUGCUGCUUUACUCAAGCAGUUCAGUUUGGUGGUUUGAUGGUUUGUGAUCAUCCAUCUUCCUCUUGAUUUUAUUCCAGAGUUUUUUUUUGUAUUUGGCAAAAUCACCUAUAGCAAAGUUGAACCUGAGGGGGCGGAAAUUAACACAAUAAAAGCAUUUUGAAGGUUAGAAAAUGUUUUUAAAAAAGCAGAGAAUUUAAGACCAGUUUGUUUCAUCACCUCAAAAGAACACAUUUCAGCUAUUGAUGAGAAAAUAUAUACGAUUGAGGUUUUAGUGGUUCUUUAAGUCAUCCCCUUAAUCUAUGUUAUACAGAUAAAAAGCAUAGCUGCAUAGCUCCUUUCAUAUAAGAAGAAUACCUUGAAUUAAUUAGUGUAAUUCUUCCUCUGCAUCGUUUUAAAAUGGUUUAUCAUUCAUUUGAUACAUUUUCUUAUGUUUUUGAGCAAGGCUUGUCCAACCCAACAACCUUAUUUAGUUUCUAACAGAGUAUAAAAGUACAUUUUAAUUGUGGGCGGAGCAUGAGAAUAACUUUUAGCUGCACAGGUCCGUCAGUCCUGCUGAGGAACGCUCCAGUAAUACUUAGAGAGCAUUAAUAAAUAUAAUAUAAUAAAUAAUAAACAUGAUCUCCUGUAGUGUGGGUGUUUUGAGCUGAAGUGAACUAAAGUGAAGGUUUACAGACUGACCGUUCAGUUACGCCGUUUUUAACUUUUAACAUUUAACUGUGGGGCGGAGAAAAUGAUUGUGAGGGGGGGAAAUAAGCUGUGUGUGUGUGUGUGUGUGGGGUUAGGCUGAAUUCUUCUCUGUGUCUCAGUUCUUUGGAUUUGUUAGAAUUUGUUUUUGUUGUUUUUGUUCCCAGUUUGUAAUUGUAAUUUUAAUUUAUGUUUUUAAAUUAUGUCCAGAUGUUUUAUUUAUUCCGGUGUGUGUUUGGUGCCCCUCCCCUGAGCGCGAGAGUGUGGCGCGAGAGCGGCUGGUUGAGUUGUGAAAGCUGGGUGAUAAAGAAGUGCAGGAUGAGGAGGAUUCUCAGUAUUGCAGAACUCAAAACUGGUGGGACUGAUUUUCUGAUCAAAGUGGUCUUAAUGUGCUCCUUCUUUCAUUAACCUCCUCCUCUUCUUUUUCCUCCUCCUGCUCUUUCUCUUCCAUCUGCUCUUUCUCCAUCUCCACCUACUCUUCCUCCUCCUCCUCUUUCUCUUCGUCCUCCUCUGCUUUCUCUCCCACUUUCUCCUCUUCGUUUUCGUCCUCCUCUCCUUCCUCCUUCUCCUCUUUUACUCUCCCUCCUCCUCCUUUUCUUCCUCCUGCUCAUCCUCUUUCUCUUGUCCCCCUCCUCCACUUCCUUCUUUACCUCCUCUUCUUCCUCCUCAUCUUUGUCCUCUUCUUCUUCCUCCUCCUCCUCUUUCUCCUCUUCCUCCUCCUUUUACUCUCCCUCCUCCUCUUCCUCUUUCUCUUGUCCCCCUUCUCCACUUCAUUCUUUACCUCCUCUUCUUCCUCCUCCUCAUCUUUGUCCUCUCCUUCUUCCUCCUCCUCUUCCUCCUCAUCUUUGUCCUCUCCUUCUUCCUCCUCCUCUUUCUCCUCCUCUUUUACUCUCCCUCCUCCUCCUUUUCUUCCUCCUCCUCAUCCUCUUCCUCUUGUCCCCCUCCUCCACUUCCUUCUUUACCUCCUCCUCAUCUUUGUCCUCUUUUUCUUCCUCCUCCUCCUUUUCUUUCUCCUCCUUAUCCUCUUUCUCUGGUCCUCCUCCUCCUCCUCUUCCUCCUCCUCCUCCAAUCACUGAGCUCCGAUAUUUUGUUUACAGAGAAACAGAGAAUAUGAAUUGUGUGAUAUAUAAAGCUAUAAACCACUGCACACCAGCUUCCUCUGUCCUCUUUAAUCAAUAAAGGCAAUAGUACUGCUCACACACACACACACACACACACACAGCCAAACAGCUCCUCCCACCUCCGGCACACUGGCUGAGGAACCAAUCACCUUCCUCUGUUUCCUACAGAGCCCCUGAUUGGACAUGGUGUAUUAUUUUUUCCCAAAAAAAUUCACAAAUUCACAAAAAGUGAGCACCACAUACUAAAUGAUGAGUCCCAGAUACUAAGUGGUGCUGAGCAUGAGAUACUAGGUAGUGAGCACCACAUACUGAGAGGUGAGCAUCACAUGAUCAGUACCAGAUAGUAAUUGGUGAGUGUCCCAUACUAAAUGGUGAGCACCUGAUACUAAUUGGUGAGCACCACAUACUAAUUGUUGAGUACCACAUACUGCAAGGUUGAGCUCCAGAUACUAAGUGAUGAGCACCAGCUACUUUAUGGUGAGCUCCAGAUACUAGUGUAAGUGGUGAGCAACACAUACUAAACGAUUACCAGACACUAAGUGGUCAGCACUAGAUACUACUUUAAAUGACGAACAACACAAAUAUGAAGUGGUGAGCACCAGAUAUUAAGUGGUAAGCACCAUAUACUAAGCAGUGAGCCCCACAUACUAAGUGGUUAUCUCUAAUCCUAAGCACCACAUACUAAGCACCACUUGAGCUAACAACUAGUAACUGGUGCACACUACUUAGUAUCUGGUGAGCACCCCUUUUGUAUGUUAAAAUAAAUACACCAUGUCUCUUCAGUGCUUUGCUGAUCCCCCUCUUUUUGCAUGCAGAUAAAGAAGAAAAGCUCAGCAUUGUUUUCUAACAUCACACAGAUCCUCCUUUUAUAUGUAUGUUUAUUAUGAGUAAUGUUUGCAAGUUCGCUUCCUGUAAAUACAUCAAAAAACAUACCAAUAUAUGGAGAGUCAUUUGUGUUAAAGAGAAUGUUCUGUGCAAUUUAUGUACAAUUGCCACUAGAAUUAUUAAAGUUUUAUUUAGCUAUUUCAA